CAAAAAAGUAAAGCAAAUGCCAUUUUUCGUUUGCACAAUAUUACUUUCUAUCAUUGUCUCUCGUGCAUCAGCUUAUAAGCCUUACAUUUAUUCAUCACCACCACCACCAAAAUACGUGGAGCAUCCCGAAUACACCUACAAAUCUCCACCUCCGCCAAAGAAGUACACCUAUAGCUCGCCUCCACCACCACCAUACCAAUAUAAGUCACCACCACCCCCAAAACAUGUAGAGCAUCCUGAAUACACCUACAAAUCUCCACCUCCGCCAAAGAAGUACACCUACAGCUCGCCUCCACCACCAUCAUACCAGUACAAGUCACCACCACCUCCAAAACAAGUAGAGCAUCCUAAAUACACCUACAAAUCUCCACCUCCGCCAAAGAAGUACUCUUAUAGCUCGCCUCCGCCACCAUCGUACCAGUACAAGUCACCACCACCUCCAAAACAUGUAGAGCACCCUGAAUACACCUACAAAUCUCCACCACCGCCAAAGAAAUACACCUACAGUUCACCUCCACCACCAUCGUACCAGUAUAAAUCACCACCACCUCCCAAACACAUAGAGCAUCCCGAAUACACCUACAAAUCUCCACCUCCCCCAAAGAAGUACACUUACAGCUCGCCUCCACCGCCAUCGUACCAUUACAAGUCACCACCACCUCCAAAACACGUAGAGCAUCCCGAAUACACCUACAAAUCUCCACCUCCGCCAAAGAAGUACUCCUAUAGCUCACCUCCGCCACCAUCGUACCAUUACAAGUCACCACCACCUCCAAAACACGUAGAGCAUCCCGAAUACACCUACAAAUCUCCACCUCCGCCAAAGAAGUACUCCUACAGCUCGCCUCCGCCACCAUCGUACCAGUACAAGUCACCACCACCUCCAAAACACAUAGAGCAUCCCGAAUACACCUACAAAUCUCCACCUCCGCCAAAGAAGUACACCUACAGUUCACCUCCACCACCAUCAUACCAGUACAAGUCACCACCACCUCCAAAACACGUAGAGCAUCCCGAAUACACCUACAAAUCUCCACCUCCGCCAAAGAAGUACUCCUACAGCUCGCCUCCGCCACCAUCGUACCAGUACAAGUCACCACCACCUCCAAAACACAUAGAGCAUCCCGAAUACACCUACAAAUCUCCACCUCCGCCAAAGAAGUACACCUACAGUUCACCUCCACCACCAUCAUACCAGUACAAGUCACCACCACCUCCAAAACACGUAGAGCAUCCCGAAUACACCUACAAAUCUCCACCUCCGCCAAAGAAGUACUCCUAUAGCUCACCUCCGCCACCAUCGUACCAUUACAAGUCACCACCACCUCCAAAACACGUAGAGCAUCCCGAAUACACCUACAAAUCUCCACCUCCGCCAAAGAAGUACUCCUAUAGCUCACCUCCGCCACCAUCGUACCAUUAUAAGUCACCACCACCUCCAAAACACGUAGAGCAUCCCGAAUACACCUACAAAUCUCCACCUCCGCCACCAUCGUACCAUUACAAGUCACCACCACCUCCAAAACAUGUAGAGCACCCUGAAUACACCUACAAAUCUCCACCUCCGCCAAAGAAAUAUACCUACAGUUCACCUCCACCACCAUCGUACCAGUAUAAGUCACCACCACCUCCCAAACACGUAGAGCAUCCUGAAUAUACCUACAAAUCUCCACCUCCUCCAAAGAAGUACUCCUACAGUUCGCCUCCACCACCAUCGUCCCAAUACAAGUCACCACCACCUCCAGAACACAUAGAACAACCUGAAUACACUUACAAAUCUCCACCUCCUCCAUACUACUACAAUUCACCCCCUCCUCCUAAGGAAUACUAAAACAGUGUCUGCAUUGCAAUUUCAUAUUCAAAUUUGAGUUCGUGCGGAUUUGAUUGUCUUCAACAUCUCAUGGUUGUUUGUUUCUGCAUGGGAUGUGUCAAUGAUGAGUGAAUUUGAUUAUUUAUGUAUCUUUGCAUUAUGUAAUUUUAGUUCUAAUGAAAAAUUGUU